AUGCAAAAAUUCAUUCUUUUAACAGUACUUGCGUAUGCCGUCUUCGCAGCGGAAUGUACGACUCCAAUUGAAAAUUGUGGGAGUUGCGACGAAGAAACAAAAAGUAAAUGUGUUCAGUGUUCAGAUAGUUAUUUGUUGAAUCUUGACAACACUUGUAAAAAGACUUGUGAAACUGGUAAAAUUACAACUGAAACACCAACCACAUGCGUUAAAUGUACCAAUGAAAUGUGUGCUGUUUGUUCAGAUGUAACAGCUGAAGGAGCAACAGAAUCGACUGAAGAGUGCACAACAUGUUUGGGUGAAGAUAUGUACCUCAAUGCGGACAAAACAUGUGGAAAAUGUGAAACUGGAAUGAAAGUUACAGAAACCAAAAAAUGUGAAACUGUUAAUAUAGAAAAUUGUGAUGCAUCAACAAAGACUGGAGAAACGGAAACUUGCAAUAAAUGCAGUGAAAAUAAUUAUUUAAAUCAAGGAGCAUGUGUUUCUGCAUGCCCCGAGGGCACAAUUUUAAAUGAAGAAAAAACUGAAUGUGUUGCUAUUCCUCCUCAAACAUGCACAGUUGAAAAUUGUGAAACUUGUGCCGAAAAUAACAAUGAAGUCUGUGUCAAAUGUAAAGAAACAUAUUAUUUGGAUUUGACUGGCAAAUGUGGGUUGGACUGUCCCGAAGGUUCCAAGAAGGAUGAAACGAACAUGAAAUGUGUUGCUGAUACUCAGACGUGCACAGUUGAAAAUUGUGAAACUUGUGCUGAAGGAAAGACUGACGUCUGUGCCAAAUGUGCAGCUACAUAUUAUUUGAGUGAAGGCACUUGUGUCACCCAAUGUCCUGAAGGUACUGUUAAAAAUGACGAAAAAAUGGAGUGUGUUGCUGAUACUCCUCAAAUAUGCAAUGUUGAUAAUUGUGACACCUGUGUUGAGGAUAGAACUGAUAUCUGUAAUAAAUGUAAAUCCAACUAUUAUCUUCAAGUGGACCAAAAAAGUUGCGCAACAGACUGUGCAAGUGGAUAUAAAGACACAACAAACAUGAAAUGUGUGAAAUGCACAACUGAAAAUUGUGUCUUGUGCAGUGAAGAUCAAAAAUGCACAACUUGUGUUGAUGGAAAUUAUCUCACAGAAGAUUUGAAAUGUGUUACAACUUGCCCUGAAGGAUAUGAAGCAAACAAAGAAACUAAGAAAUGUGUAAAAAUCACUUGCAAAGUCGAGAACUGCAAGACUUGUAUCGAAACUGAUAUCAACAAAUGUGCAAUUUGCAACGACAAUUUGUAUGUUGUAGAAGACACUUAUAAAUGUGUUGCCAAAUGUGAUAGUGGAUACAAGACCGAUAGCACAGCUGGUGCUUUUGCUUGCAAAAAGUGCAGAGUCUCAAAUUGUGCCAAAUGUGAUUCAAAAGUCGAUGAAUGCCAACAAUGCAGUGGGGACUAUUACGUCAAAGAUGGAAAGUGUGAGAAAAGAAACGAUGAUGCCGCAAAGAGUAUUUUCGCUUUCUUGGCUUUGGUAGCCAUUUUCUUGAUGUUCUGA